CACCCACACACCUUUUUCUACCUCUUCUCCUCCUCAUCCUGUUUUCUACACCUUUUUGUAAACUCCCUCCCUCCCUCACGUCCGGAUUGCUCCAUCUGAUGAUCUCAGUGGUUUCAUCACCAGUCUACCAACCUUUUUUGCAACUUCUUCGCCACUCUUCUUCUCAUCAGGUGCGCGCUUCACUUCACGACUAGUUUGAGGUGUGCACCCAUCGCGUCCAACACAAUAAUAGCCCUAUAGAGUUGAAGUCGCCCUUGUCACCUGGUACACGUUACCACCCACAUUUCUCGUUCAACCUCUUUGGCAACACCAACCUAUCUCCCUCGCCAUCCGCGUUUGUCUUUGUCCCAACCACAAAGACUCCCACUCUCGCAACCUUGCAAAACCUCUUCAAAGGUGACCACUUCUACAGUCUAUUUGAAUGGUCCGAACUGCAAUUUAUAUCUAGUUGCGCCACUGCAAGAUGGAGGUCAUUGAUGGAAGGAGUUCCUCCAACGACCUCUCCAGUGCACCACCCAGCGACGGGGAGAGUACUCCUGCUAGGGGUUAUAAUCCAAACCUCCAUCCUCUUGUCAAAGGCUCAGGUGUUGCUGGCAACCCUGCAGAUCAACAACACACCUUGGUAGCACCAGCCACAAGUGCAGGCAGUCGCCAAGCCAGUGGAGAUCAACAAGCCACAGCAGUGGCUAAAACCCGAAUCACCAAACCUCGCAAGAAAAAAGAUGCGAAUGCCACCACCGAAGUGGCCGAGAAGAAGGAACGGGCUCCGCGAAGGCCUAGAGGUGCUUCUAAUGCUGCCGGCUCAGGGUCUUCUCGCAAAAAGCCCAAGCUGGAACAAAUUGAUGACAAUCGGACGAUUCAUCUUGCUCAACCAGUUAACCCUGGACUACAAGCAUCCACUCUGGUCCAGCCGGUAGCAUUCCUUACGCACCCUGAAACCCAACAUCAUGAUGAAGCCGCCAAAGCUCUCGGCCCCAAUCAUCACCCGAAUCCGUCGAUACCUCGUGCUAACCCUAUAUCCUCCCAUCGCCCGUAUGAAUUCAACAACGACGUCAACGGCCCAGCCUCUCUACCACCUUCGCGAGCUUCAGCCAUGUACGAUCCUAUUAGGUCCAUGACUAUCUCUCGUCUCGUUGAUCCGACUCCUAGCGAGUCACCAAAACUAUCACACGUACAUACUCCACCAAGACCGAUUCUCAACCCAAGCACUUCUCCUGCUAUAUCUAGCAUCAUUGACCCUCCGACGCAACCAACAUUUGCUUCCGCAGAUCCUUCAGCGAACCGAGCCACAUUGCACACAUCCGCCCUGUCUCAUACUGACAACGUCGCCUCGACCUCGCCUUCCAUGAACGACAAAACCUCGGCGAUGGAGAUUGACUCUGCUGCAAGCGACCCAAAUCCUCCGAAAAAAGCACCGUCGAAGAAGGUGCCUUCAGAAGCACCUACGCGGACAACCUCGCCUAAACCGACGCGAGCCAAGGAGCAACCUCCUCCUCUUCCUCCAGGCUCGGGACUAUUAUCCGCAAGUCUCUUUGGGGGCGAUUCUGCAUUGGAUGUCUCAAAUAGUGGGACUGGCAAAGCCCCAAAUAUUGUGCUCCACAUCAACCUCAAGGACCCGGAGAACAGAAUUGUCAACUUUGCGCGACUGGCCGAGCAGAAGUACGGGUUUGCAGCAUUGUAUCCUCGUCAGGCUGCGCAGAAGGAGCGACUUGCCAAGGUUGCAGCGGCUGGUGCAGUAUUGGAAAGAUCCGCGUCUGGCAGCAAGUUUGGAGGCACCUCAGCAGGCGAGAGUGGGGAUGAGGACCUCAGUGUAGACAUCGAUCGCGACUCGGACAACGAUGGGGAUGUGGCCAUGUCCGGGGUCAAUGGAGGGCCAGAUGCGGCCAACAGUGGUACCGAUGGUCCUGGGCCUAAGCGUCGGCGGAGAAAGAAGCAAGAAGAGUACGACCAAGAUGACCCGUUUGUUGAUGACAGCGAAUUGCUCUGGGAGGCGCAUGCAGCAGCCAGCAAGGACGGGUUCUUUGUCUACUCUGGCCCACUCGUUCCCGAGGGGGAGAAGCCCGCUGUGGAAAGGGCCGACGGGACGAUCAAGAGAGGACGUGGCCGAGGCCGAGGCGGCGGUCCUGGCUCUAGAGGUGGACGAGCAGCCGCCGCUGCUGAAGGCGGAUCUUCCAGAGGCGGCGGGCCAGGUUCUCGAGGCGGCGGCGUGACACGGAAACCUCGGAUCACCAAAGCAGACCGGGCUCAGCGUGAACAGGAGAAAGCCGCCAGAGAGAAGAUUGCACCACUUUUGGCAAGGCCGACGCAGCAGGCGGCAUAAUGUGUGAGCUAAAGUUGAUGUUGAGAAAGCGGAGAAUCAUGGUAACCAUCACAGGCGAGGUCAGCCUUGGAGACUGUUUGCUUCAAAGCAUUGAAUGGCUUGUUUCGAAGAUUACGCGCACAUGCGCUGAGCAUGUAGAACUACAGGGAGGCGGAACACCGCGAGGCUUCAGGCUUAAGAUGGCUGUCAAAACUCAUAGGCUAUGACCAGUUUCAUGGUCAAAGAGAGCAUCAGCAGAGUUAGUACGAUGCGCUAAAUCUGGCGCUGUGAGAAGUAUCAUUAGUGGCCGUUGAAAAGUUCAUGCCUAUUUUCCUUGAUCAGAGAAUCGUCAGUGACUCUAGG